GCCAGAUUUGGCUCCAGCAGAUUUCUGGUUGUUCCCCAGAAGUUAAGAUGGCGAUGAAAGGAGACCGUCACGACCCCAUCCAGGACACCCAAAGGGAAUGGUACUGCAGUUUUAAAUGUGAUGCCACUGUUGUAUAUGCGUUAUUGUUGUAUAAGAACUGUUUCAUUUGGUAAAGGUAUUGUAUACGCUAUGUUACUUCAUUUGCAUUUACUCUUAAUAUGUUAUUUCAUUAGCAUUUAAUUUUAAUAGAAAUGUAACAGAAAUGGUAGCGACACAGGAGGACGAAAGUAUGCAGUCGAGAUAACCAAGGGGGUCAGACGCGUGACCUCCGUCUCACGCAGCUGUGGCUGCUAAAAAGCACGUAACAUAGGGUACAGGGAGAGAAGCCCACACAAAAAAGAGGCCAGACAUAAGCAAGCAAACUAAGAGAGCCCUGCUCUGAAAUAUUCCUUACGACUGGUGUGUUAUUAAAACAAAGAAUGUAGACAGUCUGAUGCAGACGGAGCGAGAGACUAGUCGUUGACCGAGAUAGCGGCUAGGUAGAGCCAAGACAGCCUUCCCUCCCUGGAACCCUAGCUAUCAGUCCUCAGGUGUAGCGUACAUGUGUAAUCUACAGAAAUUAGUUAAUAAACUCAAUUUGCUGAUUACACCACUCUUGUCGGAUCAAACGAUCCUCCUCUGUCAACCCGCAUACCCAGCGAUUUCCACGCGCGCCCCAGCCUAGGGAGCACCAGACCUAGACGUGACUUGUGCGCAGGUAACAUCCACGAUACGCCAGCGCCGGGCAUCCAGCGAGGAACUUCGGGAUACAACAUAAACUUUCUGGUGUCAGACGUGGGGUUAUUGGGGUUAUUGGGGUUGAUUCGAGUGAGUGCACGGAGGGAGCGUGAAGCUGCAAGAGAGACGCCGAAACUGAGGUCGCGGAACUGCAACCGUGAAGCUGCAAGAGUGGCGCUGAUCUAGAGAGCUAUAACCAGAGGGAGGUGACAGAACGAGUCAUCAGGACGAGUCAACAGAACGAGUCGUAAGAACGAGACAUCAGAACGAGUCAUCAGGACGAGUCGUAAGAACGAGACAUCGGAACGAGUCAUCAGGACGAGUCAUUGGAACGGGCUAUCGGAACGAGACAUCGAAGCGGACAGGAACCAGUGCAGUGGGCUGAUCGCGUAACGAUGGGAAUCCAAACGAUAGCGCUGAUAGCGUGGACGGUAUGGAUGGUUAUAGCAAGGGGCGUGGCGUCAGACAUCGACGACUUAGGAUAUACCUUGGAAAAGUACAAGGAAUCGCCAGGUAUCUAUUAUGAAAACAUAGGCCAGGCAAACUUCUACAACACGAACUGGAGGACCAUAGUGUAUGUGGACCUUAAACAAACCGUCAAUCAGUCGGUAGGAAUAGAACAAUAUAUUAAGCACAUAAGCAGACUGUGCCACGAACUCGCGGUAAAGAACCAGACGGAGUGUAAUUAUUUCCAUGACAUAGCAGAACGUAAAAUUCGACAGAUCAAGGGGACUGAAAAAUUAUUGCUAGAGGUAACUGAUCCAAAAUACAGUGGAAAACGCAUAAGAAGGGGAGUACUUAAUUUCGUUGGUGAAAUUAGUAAGAUUCUUUUCGGAACUAUGGAUAAUGAUGAUGCUAAAUAUUACAAUGAGCAGAUACGACACUUUGAAGAAAAUUCUGAUAGCAUGACGAACCUGUUGAAACAACAGUUGUCUGUAGUAAAAUCCACUCUAGGGGCCAUAAACGAAACCCUCUCGGAUAUGGAGUACAAUGAGGAUGUCGUAAAGAGGGGACUAUCCCAAAUUAAGGCGUAUGUAGAAUCAGUGAUUUCAAAUACCACCCGAGUUACUGAUGCUUUGGCUGAUAAGAUUACGGUAGAAAGCCACAUUGCACGCGUGAAUGAGGCAUUGAAUACUCUACAAAGAAGCCUCGAUGUAGUGAUUGAUAGCAUUAUCAACGCGAGGAAGGGAAUUCUGCAACCGCAAGUGGUACCCCCCAGCCUCCUGAUGGACGCCUUAACACGAAGUUUCCCGUCUUUUCCUAAGGAAACUAUGGCUCCCUUCCCCUUGAGCAAAGACUCUAUAAACUUACUGCUUAAAAUUUGUGAUAUACAUGUCUAUUUGAGUGAUGGUAUAUUGGGUUACGUGGUAGAGUUACCACUGGUGAACAGAGGAAAUUUUAAGAUACUCAAAAUGACUCCAAUACCAGUAGCGCUAGACUUAAAUAAGUUUCUGUAUAUUGAUACUGCUGAAUCCAUGUUGUGCCUUGAUCAAGCAAGACAAUAUUACUUAAUGUUAACCGAAGACGAGCUAAGGCAAUGUAAAACCAAGGACUCCAACUCAUAUGUGUGCAAACAAAAACAUCCUUUAAUGUCUAGCCAUGUACAUGAGUCUUGUUACAUUAGGCUACUGCAGUCAAAUGAGAGGAUCCCAAGGAGUUGUGAAACUAGAAUAGCGAAAUUAACUAAUACUGUAUGGGUACAGUUAAUGAAUAAUGAAUGGAUAUAUUUCUCCCCUUCCAUAGACAGUGUAACAGUGCUAUGUGACGGGAAGGAACCUGCUGACGUGUUGCUUACAGGAGUGGGAAAAUUAAGUAUCAAUAGUGGGUGCAAAGGGUAUAGCACCUCGGCGUUGCUGCAAACCAGUUUUACUGUAGCCAGUAAUUCAUCUGUGAAAGGAGGAGACCUGCUCACGCAAGUCCCCCUCCGAUUUGAUUGUUGUGAGGAACUCAAUAUGAGGGUCAACCUUAGUAGCAUACAUUUAGAUAUGAAGUUCAAGCAAAUUGUUUCCCACUUAAAUGAUUUGAAAUAUGCUAGUUUCAAGGUUUCCGACCUAGAAAAGGAAAUACAGGAACAAGAAUGGAAAAACAAGCACAUCAGCAGCCAUAUGUCCUAUUCUGUAAUGGUAUAUAUUAUUUUUGCAAUUAUUGGUAUGUAUGCAUUUUACAAACUGUAUAGGUAUGUAAGGAACCGCUGGUUACACGCCGGCAACCCCAGGACGACCACGGCGGCUAUGAAAGCAAUUACAGCGACAGGCUCUGGUGGAAUGGGGAACACGGUAAAUAUAAACAUCAAGACAAGUAAUGAGAGCUUGGUCGCAAGCCCCGAAACCAUUCCCCUCCGAGGAUCUACCCAAUCCUUGCAGGACGAAACCCCUACCCGGAGGUCCCUCAGACCCCGGCUAGCUAAAUCAUAUUUCUAAGGACCCAUUGAAGUGUAAAUGGUCCUUCCACUUAACGGGGGAGGUGUUGUAUAUGCGUUAUUGUUGUAUAAGAACUGUUUCAUUUGGUAAAGGUAUUGUAUACGCUAUGUUACUUCAUUUGCAUUUACUCUUAAUAUGUUAUUUCAUUAGCAUUUAAUUUUAAUAGAAAUGUAACAGAAAUGGUAGCGACACAGGAGGACGAAAGUAUGCAGUCGAGAUAACCAAGGGGGUCAGACGCGUGACCUCCGUCUCACGCAGCUGUGGCUGCUAAAAAGCACGUAACAUAGGGUACAGGGAGAGAAGCCCACACAAAAAAGAGGCCAGACAUAAGCAAGCAAACUAAGAGAGCCCUGCUCUGAAAUAUUCCUUACGACUGGUGUGUUAUUAAAACAAAGAAUGUAGACAGUCUGAUGCAGACGGAGCGAGAGACUAGUCGUUGACCGAGAUAGCGGCUAGGUAGAGCCAAGACAGCCUUCCCUCCCUGGAACCCUAGCUAUCAGUCCUCAGGUGUAGCGUACAUGUGUAAUCUACAGAAAUUAGUUAAUAAACUCAAUGUGCUGAUUACACCACUCUUGUCGGACCAAACGAUCCUCCUCUGUCAACCCACAUACCCAGCGAUUUCCACGCGCGCCCCAGCCUAGGGAGCACCAGACCUAGACGUGACUCGUGCGCAGGUAAUAUCCACGAUACGCCAGCGCCGGGCAUCCAGCGAGGAACUUCGGGAU